GUGUAACAAUUCGGGCUUAGCCAUUUUGAAAAAGAGUGACACAUAUUUAUCUCAAUCGUACGCCAUCUUGGAAAAAGAAAAUUAGUGAAAUUAAUACGCCCCAUAAUAGUGAAAUUUUAGUGUUUUCCUCCCUUUAAACCUGAGCAAAAAUGAUGAAUCGCCGUGGAGGACGUGACACUCGUGAUGACCGUGGAUUCCGUGGUGGAGCUGGAGGCGGUGGCGGAGGCUCAUCCAAUAUGAUGCGUCGGAACGAUAGAAUGGGUGGUGGAGGCGGAGCAGGAGGAAUGGGAGGGCGGGGUGGCGAGAAGCGUUUCGAUCGACAGGAACGCAACGGGGAGAAUCUGCGCCCGGUGCGCUGGGAUCAGGUGAAGUUGGAACCAUUUGAGAAGAAUUUUUUCAAUCCGGCUCGAAGUGUUUUGGACAGGGCCCGGGGCGAGAUCGGGGCCUAUCUGGACAAGAACGAAAUCACUACCAAUGGGAAGAAUAUUCCGCCACCGGUUUUGUUCUUCCCGGAGAGUGGUUUCCCGAGUAGUUUCUUGGAUGAGAUCGCUCGGCAGGGAUUCGAGGAACCGACUUGUAUCCAGGCCGUGGGGUGGUCGAUUGCAAUGAGCGGUCGGGAUAUGGUUGGAAUCGCGAAAACCGGAAGCGGUAAGACGCUGGCCUACAUUCUGCCGGCGCUGAUUCACAUCAGCAAUCAGCCACGAUUGGGCCGGGGUGACGGUCCGAUUGCGCUGGUUUUGGCCCCGACUCGCGAGUUGGCUCAGCAGAUUCAACAGGUGUGCCGCGAUUUCGGCCGUCGAAUGGGGAUUAUGAAUACUUGUAUUUUCGGAGGUGCUUCCAAGCACCCUCAGGCCGAUGAUCUGAGGCGCGGGGUAGAGAUAGUGAUUGCAACACCGGGUCGGUUGAUCGAUUUCCUGGAAAGUGGAACGACCAAUCUGAGUCGCACCACCUAUCUGGUGUUGGAUGAAGCCGAUCGUAUGUUGGAUAUGGGUUUCGAACCUCAGAUUCGCAAGAUUAUCUCCCAGAUUCGUCCGGAUCGGCAAGUUCUGAUGUGGUCCGCUACUUGGCCCAAGGAAAUUCGUAAACUAGCCGAAGAGUUCCUGCGGGACUACGUUCAGAUCAAUAUUGGUUCCCUUAAUUUAGCGGCCAAUGAAAACAUUACCCAAAUGAUCGAAUGCUGCCAGGAGUAUGAAAAGGAGAGCCAACUUUUCAAGUUGCUGAACCAGAUUUCCCAGGAAGGGGAAGGCAGCAAAACGAUCAUCUUCGUUGAAACCAAGAGAAAAGUAGAUCACAUUGCCGGUAUCAUCAAACGCAACGGAUGGAGGGCCGACGGUAUUCAUGGGGACAAAACUCAGAAGGAUCGUGACUACGUGCUGAACACGUUCCGACGUUCGAACAACGGUAUUCUGGUGGCUACGGACGUGGCCUCCCGGGGUCUAGACGUGGACGAUGUGAAGUUUGUGAUCAACUUUGACUUCCCGAACAACACUGAGGACUACAUCCAUCGUAUCGGGCGUACCGGUCGUUCGACCAACAAGGGCACGGCGUACACGUUCUUCACUCCAGCCAACGGUUCGAAGGCGAACGAUUUGAUCGCGGUUCUCAAGGAAGCCAAUCAGUACAUUAAUCCGGAUCUGUAUGACUACGCACGUGGUGGCGGUGGACGCAACCGGGGAGGAGGUGGUCGUGGCCGUAUGGGAGGCGCUGGACGAGAUCGGGAUCGUCCGAUGAGAAAUGACGGAAAGGGGCGCCGGGGUGACGAUUAUCGUAGCGGAACCGGUGACGAUCGUGGCGCUAAGUUCGCCCGUCGCGAUGAUUACGGUAACGGUGGCGCCAGUCGUGGUGGCAGCGGAUCUUAUGGCGGAGGUUUUAAUAAUCGGGAUGGUGCUAAACCAUCUGGCUAUGGAAAUGGAGCCGGUUCUGGAGGGUUCAAGCCCGCCGGUGGCUUUGGGGCCAGUAACAACCGUGAAGGGGGAUCAUUCAAGCCGAGUGCUGCGAGCACUGGAAGCAGCUAUGGAGGCAGUUACAACCGCGAUGCUCCCAAACCUUCGGGAGGGUACGGCAGUGGAUCGGAAAAACCAGCCGGAGGAUAUAGUGCAAGCAGUCGUCCACCAAACGGUACCUCUAGCCGGCCUCUCAAUGGUACUGGUGCAAGUAGCUACACGGCUGCAGCAGGCUCGACCUAUUCGAGUGCAUCGGCAGUCCCGAACUUCAACAAACCACCACCAUCGUUCGCAGCACCUGCCGCAGGCUUCUCAGCUCCGCCCCCUUCAGCAAGACGUGCCGAAGAUCGCUCAAGGCCUCCACUGAGCAGCACUGUUGGCAGUUCGUACGGAUCUCUCAAUGGCGGUGCUUACCCCAGUGGUGGUCAGUAUUCGUCCAGCCAGAGUCGGGCCUAUUAAAGAUGUGCAUCUAAAUCGUCUAUACUCAAAAUUAAUUUUAGGCUAAUUUUAACUGCUUCUACAUUGCAUAACGCUAAUGACAAUUAACAUACUUGAAAACAGUAUCAUUUAUGGUAACCGUUUCAUCGUACAACGGUAGAAUCAACCACAUCUCAAUCAUGAACACACUAUUGAAGCAUUCACUGAAAUGGGUAUUUCCAUAAAGUUUAUUAUGAUGUAUAUGUACAAAUAUAUGAAUGUUUACAGCAUAA